AUGCCUCUGGUUGAAUUCAUAUCCUCAUUUGUUGGCAAGCAAGACACAGUGUAUGACAUCUUUGUAGAAGCAUGGUUUGAGUUGAAAGAAGGUCGUAACAUACAUAAUAGCAUUACAACAAUACAAGAAUGCCUCAAAAACGAGCAAAUUAAAAACAAACACCACAGAUGUCUUGAAUACAUGAUAGACAACAACGUGCUCUAUUUUGUAUAUAAACUCGGAUGUGUUGAGCACAAGCACGUGGCAAUCGACUUUCUGGCAAAGAUCAUGUCUUUCAUUUCGUAUGAUAAAUUUAUGAGGCUACAAAAAUUCUUCGACAUGCUUUUCACAUCCAUAUCAUCUGAUGAGCUGGCACUGGCAUUGGUUUAUUGUGAACGAGCAGUCGUUUUUGGACUCAAGCCAAGACAUUUGCUAAUCAAUUACAUUCUCAGGUUCUUUUUCAAUAAUGGCAUAUCAGGUGAACACGCUAGAGCAUGCAUCGUAUACAUGAUCUCCUGCAAAGAUGCAUACGAAUUACUCAGAUCAAUGCACUUCAUAGAAACCGUUAUUUCAAAAACAAAUGAAAUAUACACCAGUGAUUGCUUUGAUGAAUGCAUCCCGUUAUAUGUAUCGCUUCUACAGUUUAUUUCAUACUACUCUAAGAAGGAGAUAGACAUAUACAAUCGAAUAAAUAGAGCAUCAAAUAUAGGAUCUGGUAUUCAGGUAUUUAAUCCAAAAUACACAUGUCAUAAUCCUGCAACAAGCCCAAUACUUCAUACACUUGUGCAAAAAGAAGGAUUGCUACAGCCAUGCGAUGUCCUUCACUUGCUUAAGUUCCCAUACAUUCACUCAAUCAACACGUACAUCGAGAUUCUACAAAAUACAGGAUCAUCAAGCAUUAAGGCACAAAUAAUUGAUUCAAUCAUCAAAAACAUACAGAAUACAAACGAGCACAUACUAUUUCUAAGAUAUUGCAUAGAAGCACAUCCGAGACUUAUUGCACCGUAUCUGAUCGGACGAUGUAAUGGAGACUGGUCUGCAAUUGACAUCUUACAGACAAUGCAUGGCGUUAACCAUCAGAGUCAGACUAUAAAAGUACCUCAUGUAUGCCAUAUAAGACGCAACAAGACAUCAAUACUCAUGUUUCUUAUUGAUAACAAGAUUUGUGACGAACUGACGUUUCUUUUUAUCUGGAUGAUAUCCAGAGACACAUUCUAUUCACACUUCGGCCACAUCAGAGCAAUGUUUGAUAGACACAGCACAUUCUGGAUCAAUUUAAAAGGUUUAAUUCUCAACCAGUGA